AUGAGGCCGCUUUUCUUCUGUCUGCUCUUAGCGCUGCGGCGCGUUGCAGCCGAUGAUGGCGAAGAAUCCGAUUCCAACCCGAGAUGCAACACCGAUGUAAACAUUGCAUCCCAAGCAGAUGCAGACUCCAUCGCCUCAUGUCACACCGUCCGCGGUAGUGUGACCAUGACGAGCUCUGCGAGCGGGGCAGUCAACCUUCACGGAGUCGAGACAAUCCAGGGCCCUCUCACAGCUCGCGGAGCUUCGAACCUCAGUUCCUUGAUAGCAUCGGACCUGAAGACCAUUACUGGAACAUUGACCGUGGCGAACAAUGAUGCGCUCAAUCAAAUCUCAAUGUCCAACCUACAGACCGUUGGAGGAGACAUCAAAGUGGAGAACAAUCGAAAUCUGAAAGAUUUGUCGUUGAGUGAUCUGGACGAGGUCAGGGGGGGCCUGACCGUCUCUGGUGAUUUCAAUCGCAACAAGUCAUCCGGCAGCGAUGGCCUCAGCACGGGUGCAAAAGCCGGAAUCGCCGUGGCAGUGGUGAUCGUCGUCCUGCUGAUUCUCUUCUUCCUUUGGCUGUUCAUCCGCCGACGAAAGCGCCAACAGAAUCGACGGACAGAAAAGACAUUGACGGAGGCUGCCACGUCGCCAAUACCAGCUCCCACCGGCCUCGCAACCAACACAGAAAAGCUGACUUCAAAGCUCACGCCGCCCCAAGAGGACGUGGAGAGGAGUAUCCCCCGAAAGCCACUAUCCCCACCACCAGCGGCAGACGCGAGGUCCUCUGUUCCAGCAUCCUUGCUCCCCGGAUCCGAGAGAAUGUCUGUUCCUGUAUCAUUACUUCCUGGGUCCGACCCAUCAGUGUCCUCGGCUUCUGCGUCCCACCAAAGAGUCACUUCCGACCCCUCGCUAUUUUUACAUCAUAUCCCACCCGCAGCGCCGCGACCUCCACCGUCAGAGAUGGAUGUUCCGAUGCUAGACAGCGGGAAUGUAUACGAGGUGGGGACCGGUCGAACGAGGCCCCAGUCUCCUAUCUAUGAGCUGGACGGAGGCGGAAUGAGCAACCACCAGCAGCCUAUCCACCGCGAAUAA